AUGGCUGACGUAAUCGAACCUCAGUGCGAUUCUUGCGAAGUGAAGUUUUCGGACAGUGUGCGUAGAUCGCGGACUGACAUUGUCUUGUUUAUGGUUAAUCACGGUGUGAUGAGCCGGGAAAGUGCUUGCACUCGAUGUGGUAAUUUGUGCCCGCUGGUCGUGGACGAUCUUACUUUUCGUUGUCGGCGCCGGUUGUCGAUCAACAAGAAGAGAAAGCGGCAGUGCUCAUUCAACGUCUCCGCGCGGGCUGGUACCUUCCUAGAGAACUCUCAUUUAUCUGUUGAGCAGAUAUUUGUCUUCGUAUCUAUUUUUCUUCACCUGAAACCACCUCGUCAGGCCUUCAUUCGUCGGGAGCUGGGGAUUGCCAGCGCGACCAUUGUUGAUUGGUACUCGUUCACCCGGGAGGUGUACGUCAAUCACAUGGUGGACCGUUCGGAGAGGAUCGGUGGACCGCAGGCGGUUGUGCAAAUUGACGAGGCGAAGUUCGGACGGCGGAAAUAUAAUCGCGGGCGAAUUAUAGAAGGACAGUGGGUGUUCGGUGGUAUUGACGUGAACACGAAGAGGACCUUCCUUGUUCCUGUGGAAUCAAGGGACUCUGCGACUUUGCUGGCAUUGAUUCGCGAGUGGAUCCUUCCUGGCACAACAAUCAUCAGCGACUGCUGGCGGGCGUACGACUGUCUAGGCCAGGAGGGGUUCAGGCAUCUUCAAGUCAACCACUCUGUGAACUUCGUUGAUCCCGAGACUGGUGCUCACACGAACAAUAUUGAGCGUGUUUGGAGGGAGGUGCGGGCAACCAUCCCCCGGUAUGGGAUUCGGAAAAAACACUUUGUGGGAUAUUUGGCCGAAUUCCAAUUCAAGCAACGAUAUUCGCCGCUUGAACGUAUCCACCAUUUUUUCAAAGCUGCUGGCCAGCUUUACCCUCCACAGCGCUGA